AUGAAGUCUUCAGUCGGUCUCGUCGCCAUCAUGGCUGGACUCGCCAUGGCCAACCCCCUCGCUGCCUCGACCAAAACUGCCCGAGGAUACAUCACCAGCGAUGAAUUCAAGUAUCUCCGCGUCGCGCUAGUCAGCUGCCUCGAGGCCAACCCCCCCCAGGAUGCGGCCGUUUCAACCUGGGCCACGUCCAUCGCGUCCAAGUACACUACCAUGGGUGAGAUUGUCCAAGCCAUUGUGGAGUGUGAGGCGAAGGAGACGAAGGCGAAACAGGCGUAA